AUGGUGAGAAAAUCUCAUGUUGAUUAUCUCCUCCUUAACAUUCUUGCAAUCACAAUCAUUUCUUUAGCAUUUCAUACAAAAGCACUGAGAACGGGUCGCUAUAACUUCUAUAAAAUUCUUCUUCGAUGGCCCGAAUCAUUUUGCAAUACUGGCAAUUUUACCUGCGAAAGACCGAUAAGUAAUUUCACUAUUCAUGGACUUUGGCCAAUGUAUUGGGGAGAUCAUUCAGUACCUUCUUAUUCUACUCAAAAUGGAUGCACUCGUACCAUACCAAGACUUCCAGAUGAAAUUACGAGAAGACUAUUAGUUUCAAUACUACUUGAUAUGGACAAAUAUUGGCCCAAUGUCAAGUAUCAUCGAUACUUUGCACAAAACGAACACUUUUGGCAGUACGAAUGGGAGCAACAUGGGAUGUGCUUUGACCAAUCUAAUUAUCCAAUAUAUUAUUUCAAUACCACCUUAAAUUUGAUAAGACGGUUUAAUUUGCUUGAUCUCUUGAUUACAGGAGGUAUUAUUCCGAAUAGUUAUCAUGGAUACGAUGUUUCUUCUAUCGCUGAUAUCGUUGAUAACUUUUUGCAAGUGCAAGUUGAAAUUCGUUGCAACGAAGACGAUCAAGGAUUGAUACAAUUAUAUGAGAUUGCAAUAUGCCACCUUAGAAAUGAUACUCUUACACCAUGCCCUUAUCGGUUUACUAAUUGUGGGGAAUCUGAUCAUGAAGAAGUUCGAUUCCCCAACCCUUUUAGAAAUAUUUGA